AUUGGCAGCGUCGGUAGGCAAUCCGCUUCCCCGCUUGGCUGCCAAAUCUUGAAUGCUCUUUAAAGAGACUUAUCCCUCUCUCUCGGGAAAUUAAUAAUAAUAAUAACAAAGAUAACAUAAGAGUCAAGAUGGAGGACCAAGAAGAGAAAGUGCCUUUGCUGCUUGAACCAGCAGUCGAAGCCGGUGAAGUUGGUUUGAGCCGCAAGAUCCUGAUCGAAUCAAAGAAGCUAUGGAGAAUCGCCGGGCCCGCCAUCUUCAACCGCCUAGCUAUGUACACCAUGAACAUCAUAUCGCAAGCCUUUGCCGGUCACUUGGGCGAUCUUGAGCUUGCUUCCUUCUCCAUCGCCUGCACCGUCAUCCUAGGACUUGUAUUCGGGCUCAUGUUAGGGAUGGCAAGUGCUCUAGAAACGCUAUGCGGACAAGCUUUCGGAACAAAGAAGCACCACAUGUUGGGGAUCUACCUGCAACGGUCUUGGAUCGUCCUCGUUGGCAUCUCGAUCCUGAUUUUGCCAGUAUAUAUCUAUGCAGCUCAGAUCUUGAUGUUCAUGGGUCAGUCACGAGACAUCGCCGAGAUGGCAGGGAACAUAUCUCUAUGGAUGCUCCCUACUCAUUUCUCCUUCGCCUUCCAAUUACCUCUUCAAAGGUUCUUGCAGUGCCAGCUCAAGAAUGCUGUUAUCGCAUACGUGUCUGCGGUGGCAUUGGUUGUCCACAUAUUCAUUAGCUGGCUCUUUGUGUCCGUGCUUGAUUUCGGUAUCAUUGGGGCUGCAUGCACCAUGAAUUUCUCAUGGUGGGUGGUGGUGCUUGGCCAGUUUGGUUAUACUGUUUUCGGAUGGUGUCCUCUUACAUGGACCGGUUUCUCUAAGGAAGCCUUCUCUGGAUUGUGGGAGUUUCUCAGACUCUCCGCAGCUUCGGGUGUUAUGUUGUGUUUAGAGAACUGGUACUAUAAAGUGUUGAUCGUGUUAACUGGGAAUAUGAAGAAUGCUGAAAUCGCGGUCGAUGCGUUAUCCAUCUGCAUAUCCAUCAAUAGUUGGGAGAUAAUGAUUCCAUUUGCAUUCUUCGCUGCAACUGGAGUACGUGUUUCGAAUGAACUCGGAGCUGGAAAUGGGAAUGCUGCAAAGUUUGCUACAGUUGUAUCGGUGGUGACAUCUUCGGUGAUCGGACUCUUCUUUUGGGUGGUGAUCAUGGCCUUCCAUGACAAUCUGGCUCUGAUCUUCACAUCAAGCACUGUGGUUAUCGAUGCAGUUAACAGAUUGGCUGUCCUAUUGGCUUUCACCAUCCUCCUUAAUAGCAUCCAACCAAUUCUCUCUGGUGUUGCAGUGGGGUCUGGUUGGCAAGCGUACGUGGCAUAUGUUAACGUUGGAUCUUACUACUUAAUUGGAGUCCCUGUUGGAGUUUUAUUGGGAUGGUUCUUUCAUCUUGGAGUCCUGGGUAUCUGGGCCGGAAUGAUCGGUGGGACUGCCAUCCAGACGCUGAUUUUGGCUUACAUGACACUGCGGUGUGAUUGGGAAAUGGAGGCCAAGAAAGCGAGCGGGCGAAUGAAUAGAGAGGUGGUUUCUUCGUGAAAAGUCUGGAGGAGAUUGAAUUUCAUUAAUGCCUAAAUGACAGUGAUUAGAUUCACCAAUGGGCAAUGUAUUUAGGUCGGAUGCCCGACUGAUCAAGCUCACAUGCAUGUGAAAGGAGAAGGAGACUUGCAUUGUUGAAUUGAUCUUGGUAUUCAAUU